GUCUAUUUAACACAUCUAUCGGUCGAACACUUGGAGAAAACUAAAGGCAAUAUAAUUAAUAUAUCGAGUGUUGCGGGACUUAAACCGUCCACCGGAGGGUAUCUGUACUCUAUGUCAAAAUGUGCACUCGAUAUGUUCACCCAAUGUCUAGCGCUAGAGUUGGGCCCAAAAGGGAUUCGCGUUAAUGCUAUCAAUCCGGCGGCCGUUAGGACUAACUUCCUUCAGGUUUUGGGCUUUACUAAAGAGAAAUGUGAGGAAUUAUAUACUGAAAUGGGCGGCAAAUACCCGGUCGGACGGGUCGGUGAGUCCAUAGACAUCGCGAACGCCAUACUUUUCUUGGCCUCAGACGAGGCCUCGUUUGUGACGGGAAUUAAAAACGAUUCGAAAUGUACGUAUAUCGUGUUCCUCCAAACUUUCACCUGGCUUAGAGAUACCGGGAGUAAAAUAAUAAUGUCGACAUCAAAAAAUUUUGCAAAUAAAGUGGUUUUGAUCACCGGUUCGAGCGGUGGUAUCGGCGCCCAAACAGCCGUCGAGUUCGCCCGAUAUGGGGCUCAAGUGGUGAUCACCGGUCGUAAUGCCGACAACUUGUCAGAAGUGGCCAAACAAUGUGCGGCCGUUUCGCCCAAAGGCCUGAAACCACUGGAAGUGUUGGCAGACGUGAGUAAAGACGUGGACUGUAAACGACUGAUUGAUAGUACGAUCAGUGCAUUCAAACGGUUGGAUAUUUUGGUGAAUAACGCGGGGAAAGGAGUUAUGUCUUCGAUCAAUGAUACGGAUAUUCUCGACAAAUACCGAGAAAUUAUGGACACAAACCUCCGUUCAGUCAUAUAUUUAACACAUCUAUCGGUCGAACACUUGGAGAAAACUAAAGGCAAUAUAAUUAAUAUAUCGAGUGUUUUUGGACUUUCACCAUCCGUCAGAGGGUCUCUCUACUGUAUGUCAAAGUGUGCACUCGAUAUGUUCACCAAAUGUAUGGCCCUAGAGUUGGGUCCAAAAGGGAUUCGCGUUAAUGCUGUCAAUCCGGCGGCCGUUAGGACUAACUUUCUUCAAGCCGUGGGCUUAACGAAAGAGCAAUCGGAGGGUUUUUAUAGUAGAUUGAGUGGCAAAUACCCGAUCGGACGGGUCGGUGAGUCCAUAGACAUCGCGAACGCCAUACUCUUCUUGGCCUCAGACGAGGCAUCGUUUGUGACGGGCGUUAACUUUGUGUCCGAUGGCGGGAAUCUCAACGCCCCU